UGAAGAAAUAUUCUUUCUAAAUUGUUAAUCUAAUGGAUAAUUUACGUGAGAAUUGUGAAUUUUUUAAAUACUUCUUAUGAUAGUAUGAUAGACUGUUGUAUAAUAUUAAAGUACAUUAUAUUUAUGACGAGCUAAAAAUAAUGGUUGAUUUAAUGUUGCGUGUCCAGGGUAACACUAAAAAUCUGAAGAUUAAAAAGAUUCGUGGUUGCAGAUCUAGUUGAAGAUUAUGUUUAUAAACAUUCGUAUUUAAAAUUAAAAUUCUAAAAGGGAAGAAUCAAGACAACACAAUGUGUUUAUUCUAUUCCAACUAUUGAGCUAGAGUUAUUGUUCUUCGACAUACAGAAAUUCUUUAACUUUAAAGCCAAUUCGUUUACUUUGAGCUUUAAAACUCGUUUAUCAUCAGAAACAAAGAAUUUCAACAUCUUCGGGAUCUUUGACUAGACAUGACCUCUAUCACGUGAUUUUUAGCAGUCUCUCAAGUAAAUUUUUCUUCGCCAACACCAACAGACUGCUAUUCGAACAUCCACGCGACCUAAAUUAUUACGAGGUCUGUAAAUUCACAAGAAUUACAAUUUGAAAACUUUUGCAAGGAUAAAAAAACUUUGAUUUUUAAAACAUUUUCUAUUGAAAAAAAAGAUCUCAAAGAAAUACGCAAAUUUUACCAUUAAUUAAUUCAUCAAUGAACCUACAAAAUUGUUUCAUUGGCUCUUAGAUUUGAUGAAAUAAAAAUAUUGAUAUCUGGACUACAAAACGAAGGAUCUACGCUUGCAAUUUUUUUAGACAGUCUAUUUCUUUGAGUGUGAUUUUCUCAGCUGAAAGACAUUGAAAUGUGAGCUUCGAACGUGGAGUCAAAAUGACAGCACGCGCAAGACGUGAGCAGCGAGGAAUGCAAAUGUCAAGGUUAGCAGGUCACGUGGUGUGGUGUCUCUUCUUGCUCACGUCUGCCGGUCGUUUGGUGGCAGAAGCGCUCAGUCCAGUGACGAACGACAAAGGACCUUGUCAUUCUGGGGAAUUCUAUCAGCAGGCAACUGGAUGGUGCCAAGAUUGUCCCGAGGGCACCUAUAUGGAGGAGACUGACCACAGAGCAUUGAGCUGCCAGCCCUGCACUACCCUGGAGCCCGGGGACGUGGCGGUGGUCAUUCACGCGUGCAAUCGGACAAAGGAUACAGUGUUGGGCUGUCCACACAAUUUCUAUUGCAUAGGAUUCGACCCGAUCUACGACUAUCUACCUCAGUGCACCGAGUGUUCAUCAUGUCCGUUCACUGGCGUUGCUGAACCGUGCACUCAGAACAAAGACACGGUGUGCAUUGAACAAGCUCGAACUGCAAAUUUGAUGGCCAUUAUGCCCAUUGAGCUCCAAAGCAAUACAGAAAGCUCCGAGACGCAGCAUUUAAAUGGAGCCUCACAAAUAAAAACAAAAUGGCUUCGGAUCAUCACAAUGUUUAUCAUCUGUAUCUGUGUUGUAGGCCAACUAUAAUUAUGAUCCAUUUGCAAACAUAAAAAAUUGAAAAAAAUGUGUAUGCAC